AGUGUGGACAGAUCCACGCUCAAGCCCACCAUGGCGUGGAACAUAUCUUUACUCUGUGUUCUGGCCCUGGCUUUGACCUGUGGGCUCCAUGUGAACGCAGUGAGGGUGCGCCGAAGCAACCAUGUCAGCAACAUUUGUAGCAUGUGGGGAAAUUUCCACUUUAAGACGUUUGAUGGAGAUGUCUACCAGUUCCAAGGCACUUGUGAAUAUAACCUUGUCUCUGACUGCCACGGGCCUGUGCAGGGUUUCUCUGUACAUGUGAAAAGAGCACAGACUCCUGGAAACCCAGAAAUCACCAGAGUGAUGGUCACUAUAGGUGCCAUUAGCAUUGAGCUCACCAAGAAACUGGUUAUGGUUAACAGUGAUGUUGUAAAACUACCACACUAUGUAGCGGGGGUGAUGCUUGAAGAGAACCCUAUCUACAUGAAACUUUAUGCCAAACUGGGCCUCAGUGUCACAUGGAAUAGAGAUGAUGCUGUCACGGUGGAAGUGGACAGUAAAUAUUCUAAUCGUACCUGUGGACUUUGUGGAGAUUUCAAUGGGAUUCCUGUUUAUAAUGAAUUUCUAAGUGACGAUCGUGUGACUGGUUUCAUUGAAUUUGGCAACAAACACAGGAUUCACAACCCCAAUGACAAUUGUGAGGAUCCUUAUGAAGAAUUUGAGAGUGAAGCAAACCCACUUGACAAGUGCCAACCAUUUCGAGAUGAGUGUUCUGAGCUGCUUUUGGAUGAACCCUGGUCCUCCUGUAGAAGUGUUUUAAGUCCAGAGGCUUAUGUCCAAGCCUGCAUGAUGGACAAGUGCAUGAGUCGCCCAGGGGACACUGAGGACACUGUGUCUCUCUGCAGCACCCUGUCUGAGUACUCCCGCCAGUGCUCCCAUUCAGGGGGAAGACCACCCAACUGGAGAAAAUCAACCUUCUGUGCUGUAACGUGCCCUUUUAACAUGGAGUACUCUGAGAGUGGUUCCCCCUGUGUGGACACGUGCACACACGCCGACACCAGCUCAUUGUGUGAGGAGCACAAGAUGGAUGGCUGCUUCUGCCCACCUGGUACUGUGUUUGAUGAUAUCUCUGAGAGAGGCUGUAUCCCUCAGGAACAGUGCCAGUGUAAGCACGACAAAGUGUACAACCCUGGAGAGGUUCUGCUCAAGAACGAUCAAGAAUGUCUGUGUGAACAGGGAAGAUGGAUCUGCCAGAGUCUGUCCAUCCCAGGUGUGUGCGCAAUGGAGGAGGGUUCUCACUUCACCACAUUUGAUGGAAAAGAAUUUACCUUCCAUGGGAACUGCUAUUAUGUUCUUUCAAGGGACUGUGUGGACUCUAAGUUCAUUCUAUUGGGACAGCUUAUUCCCUGUGUUGCCAAUCCUUCAGACACGUGCUUAAAAUCAAUUGCAUUACUACUCAACAAUGACAAGAGUAAUGCUUUAAUCAUCAAAGACGAUGGCAUAGUAAGGCACAAUGGAGAUCUAACACUCCCAUACACCACUGCUGAAUUCACCGUAUUCAGACCAUCGUCCUUCCACAUAAUGUUGCAGACCAGUUUUGGGCUUCAGGUCCAGGUGCAGCUUGUUCCCCUCAUGCAGCUUUACAUCACCCUGGAUCAGAGCUUCCACACCAAGACCUGUGGUCUGUGUGGAAACUUUAACUUGGUGCUGUCUGAUGAACUGAUGACUCCACAAGGUGUAGUUGAAGGGACAGCCACAUCAUUUGCGAAUUCCUGGAAGGCUCAGUCCAAUUGUCCUGACCAAACUGAGAGGCUUGAUGACCCUUGCAGCUACAGCAUAGACAGCGAGAGCUAUGCAGAGCACUGGUGCUCUAACCUGAAGGACAAGGAAGGUGUUUUUGCCAAAUGCCAUUCUGCUGUUAACCCAGAAAAGUACUACAAGAGGUGUAAAUAUUCAAGUUGCACAUGUGAGAAGAGCGAGGACUGUUUGUGUGCUGUCUUCUCCUCCUACGUUCGGGCGUGUGCAGCAAAGGGGGUGUUUCUGCAAGGCUGGAGAGAAACUGUGUGCGACAAAUACACUAAAAGUUGCCCAGCUUCCCAGACUUUCACAUACAAGCUUCAGCAAUGUCAGCGCACGUGUGACUCCCUUAGCCUUGAUCGUCAGGGCUGUAGCACUGACUACGUGCCUGUGGAUGGAUGUGCCUGUCCAGAAGGGCUUUAUGAGGGUGAAAAUGGUGUUUGUGUGCCCAUGGACAAAUGCCCCUGCUAUUACAAUGGAGAGCACAUUAAACCUGGCAAAUCAAUCAACAUUAAAAAUGAGCACUGUAUUUGUACAAAUGGAAAGCUUCAGUGCCAAUCCUGGAGGUCUCGUAUUGAAGACUGUCCUGCUCCAAAGGUCUUCUUUAACUGCAGUACAGCAGGGCUGAAUGAGCAUGGGUUAGAGUGUGCACAAACAUGUGCACAAAAAGAUAUUGAUUGUUAUCUUGCAGACUGUGAGUCAGGGUGUCAGUGUCCCACAGGUCUGCUUGAUGAUGGUCGUGGUUUCUGUGUUAAGGAGCAUGAUUGCCCUUGCAAACAUAACAAUGAGUUUUAUGCUCCAGGUUCUCAAAUUCCAGAAGAGUGUAACACAUGCAUCUGUAAACAUGGCAAGUGGCAUUGCACUCAGAAAAAAUGCCCUGGCACCUGCACAAUCUAUGGCAGUGGACAUUACAAGACUUUCGAUAAGCAACGAUUUGGUUUUAGUGGAGACUGUAGUUACAUAGCUUUACAGGACAAGUGUGGAAAUAAGACAGGAACAUUUCAUGUGAUCACAGAGAAUGUACCAUGUGGGACAACAGGGACUACGUGUUCCAAAGCUGUGCGGAUUGUAUUGGGAAGAACAGAGCUGGUGCUGAGUGAUGGAAAAGUAACAGAAAUUAAGGCUGAAUACUGUUCAUCUGUAAAAUUGAGAAAUGUGGGUCUUUACCUGGUCAUAGAGACUGAUAUUGGCUUAACAGUUUUGUGGGACCGCAAGACAACAGUCCAAAUCAUUCUUCAACCCCAGCAUAUGGGAGAGAUUUGCGGAUUAUGUGGAAACUACAAUGGAAAUGGCAAAGAUGACUUCACCACUCAAGGCCUGCUGCAUGUGUCUGAUGUUCUGGAGUUUGUAAACAGUUGGAAAGUACAAAGCCAUUGCCCUGAUGCUAAGCCAGAUUUUGAUCCCUGUUUUGAAACACCUAACCGCCACACUUGGGCAAAACUUCAGUGUAGCAUUAUUAAAUCUGACACUUUUAAAGACUGCCACAAUAAGGUGGAAUGGACCCCAUAUUUUGAAAACUGUGUAAAAGAUUCAUGUUCAUGUGACACUGGUGGCGACUGUGAAUGUUUUUGCACUGCUGUGGCAGCUUAUGCACAAGCCUGUAAUGAAGCAGGCGUCUGUGUGGCCUGGAGAACCCCAGAGAUCUGUCCUGUGUUCUGUGACUACUACAAUUAUGAAUUUAACUGCACAUGGCACUACAGUCCCUGUCACACACCAUGCUACAAAACCUGUCUCAACCCUAAUGGCAUCUGCACCAACCCUUUACCUAAUGUGGAAGGAUGUUAUCCCAACUGUCCAGAUGAUAUGCCUUUUUUUGAUGAGAAGAAUCAAAUUUGCACUGAUACGUGUGAGUCCAACAUCUGUCCACCAACUACAACAACUACAACAACUGAAAGUACUGCAACUCCUCCAACUCCAAUACCACCAUCUACAACUCCUGUACCAACUACAACAACUGAGCGUACUUCAACUCCUGUACCAACUACAACAACUGAAAGUACUUCAACUCCUCCAACACCCCCAGCAACUACAACAACUGAAAGUACUUCAACUUCCCCAACACCACCAACAACAACUACAACAACUGAAAGUACUUCAACUUCUCCAACACCGAUACCACCAACUACAACUCCUGUACCAACUCCAACGACUGAGUCAACAUCCACUGGAACAACUGCAGAAGUUGUGACAACAACUCCAACGACUGUGUCAAGUGCAACGACAACAACACAAACACCACCAACACCUACAACUUCUGUACAAUUAAGUACAACCACACCAUGCAUGAAAACUUGUGAAUGGUCUAACUGGAUCAAUGAGUAUAACCCAGGAGAUGGAGGAGGAAAUGAUUUGGAAACAUAUGAAAAUAUAAAAAAAAAUAAAACUGACAUAUGUGAAUAUCCAGAAGACAUCAAAUGUAGAGCAGUUAUAAGUCCUGAUAUGACUCUUGAAGAAUUUGUACAAAUUACAGGUCAGGUUGUACAGUGCAAUGUUUCAUUUGGAUUAGUGUGUGAAAAGAAAAAACAGACGCUAAGACCAUACAAAUGUUUUGAUUAUGAAAUUAAAGUACUCUGUUGUGAUUGUUUAAAAACACCUACAACUCCUGUACCAACUACAACAACCUCAAGUCCUUCAUCACCACCAUCAACAACUAAAACAACUGAAAGUACUUCAACUCCUCCAACACCACCACCAACUACAACUUCUGUACCAACUACAACAACUGAGAGUACUUCAACUCCCCCAACACCACCAUCAACAACUACAACAACUGAAAGUACUUCUACUCCUCUGACACCAACAACUCCUCCAAUACCACCAACUACAACAACUGAAAGUCCUCCAACUCAUCCAACACCAACACCACCAACUACAACUCCUCUACCAACUACAACAACUGAGAGUACUACAACUCCUCCAACACCAACACCACCAACCACAACUUCUGUACCAACCACAAUAACUACAACUCCUGUACCAACUACAACAACUGAAAGUACUUCAACUUCUUCAACACCAACUACAACUCCUCUACCAACUACAACAACUAAGAGUUCUUCAACUCCUGUACCAACUACAACAACUGAAAGUACUUUAACUCCUCCAACACCAGCACCAACAACUACAACUCCUGCACCAACUACAACAACAACUACAACUCCUCUACCAACUACAACAACCAAGAGUACUACAACUCCUCUACCAACUACAACAACCAAGAGUACUUCAACUCCUCCAACACCAACUACAACUCCUCUACCAACUACAACAACUGAGAGUACUUCAACUCCUCCAACACCAACUACAACUUCUCUACCAACUACAACAACUGAGAGUACUUCAACUCCUCCACCACCAACAACAACUACAAAAACUGAGAGUACUACAACUUCUCCGACACCAACUACAACUCCUUUACCAACUACAACAACUCAGAGUACUUCAACUCCCCCAAUGCCAACUACAACUCCUGUACCAACUACAACAACUGAGAGUACUUCAACUCAUAUACCAACUACAACAACUGAAAGAACUUCAACUCCUCCAACACCAGCACCAACAACUACAACUUCUGCACCAACUACAACAACUGAGAGUACUACAACUCAUGUACCAACUACAACUCCUCUACCAACUACAACAACCAAGAGUACUACAACUCCUCUACCAACUACAACAACCAAGAGUACUUCAACUCCUCCAACACCAACUACAACUCCUCUACCAACUACAACAACUGAGAGUACUUCAACUCCUCCAACACCAACUACAACUUCUUUACCAACUACAACAACUGAGAGUACUUCAACUUCUCCACCACCAACAACAACUACAAAAACUGAGAGUACUACAACUUCUCCGACACCAACUACAACUCCUUUACCAACUACAACAACUCAGAGUACUUCAACUCUCCCAACGCCAACUACAACUCCUGUACCAACUACAACAACUGAGAGUACUUCAACUCCUGUACCAACUACAACAACUGAAAGUACUUCAACUCAUAUACCAACUACAACAACUGAAAGUACCUCAACUCCUCCAACACCAGCACCAACAACUACAACUCCUGCACCAACUACAACAACAACUACAACUCCUCUACCAACUACAACAACCAAGAGUACUUCAACUCCUCCAACACCAACUACAACUCCUCUACCAACUACAACAACUGAGAGUACUUCAACUCCUCCAACACCAACUACAACUCCUUUACCAACUACAACAACUGAGAGUACUUCAACUCCUCCACCACCAACAACAACUACAAAAACUGAGAGUACUACAACUUCUCCGACACCAACUACAACUCCUUUACCAACUACAACAACUCAGAGUACUUCAACUCAUAUACCAACUACAACAACUGAAAGUACUUCAACUCCUCCAACACCAGCACCAACAACUACAACUUCUGCACCAACUACAACAACUGAGAGUACUACAACUCAUGUACCAACUACAACUCCUCUACCAACUACAACAACUGAGAGUACUUCAACUCCUCCAACACCAGCACCAACAACUACAACUCCUGCACCAACUACAACAACUACAACUCCUCUACCAACUACAACAACCAAGAGUACUACAACUCCUCUACCAACUACAACAACCAAGAGUACUUCAACUCCUCCAACACCAACUACAACUCCUCUACCAACUACAACAACUGAGAGUACUUCAACUCCUCCAACACCAACUACAACUUCUUUACCAACUACAACAACUGAGAGUACUUCAACUCCUCCACCACCAACAACAACUACAACAACUGAGAGUACUUCAACUCCUCCAACACCAACUACAACUCCUUUUCCAACUACAACAACUCAGAGUACUUCAACUCCCCCAACACCAACUACAACUCCUGUACCAACUACAACAACUGAGAGUACUUCAACUCAUAUACCAACUACAACAACUGAAAGUACUUCAACUCCUCCAACACCAGCACCAACAACUACAACUUCUGCACCAACUACAACAACUGAGAGUACUACAACUCAUGUACCAACUACAACUCCUCUACCAACUACAACAACUGAGAGUACUUCAACUCCUCCAACACCAGCACCAACAACUACAACUCCUGCACCAACUACAACAACUACAACUCCUCUACCAACUACAACAACCAAGAGUACUACAACUCCUCUACCAACUACAACAACCAAGAGUACUUCAACUCCUUCAACACCAACUACAACUCCUCUACCAACUACAACAACUGAGAGUAAUUCAACUCCUCCAACACCAACUACAACUUCUUUACCAACUACAACAACUGAGAGUACUUCAACUCCUCCACCACCAACAACAACUACAAAAACUGAGAGUACUACAACUUCUCCGACACCAACUACAACUCCUUUACCAACUACAACAACUCAGAGUACUUCAACUCUCCCAACGCCAACUACAACUCCUGUACCAACUACAACAACUGAGAGUACUUCAACUCCUGUACCAACUACAACAACUGAAAGUACCUCAACUCCUCCAACACCAGCACCAACAACUACAACUCCUGCACCAACUACAACAACAACUACAACUCCUCUACCAACUACAACAACCAAGAGUACUUCAACUCCUCCAACACCAACUACAACUCCUCCAACACCAACUACAACUCCUCUACCAACUACAACAACUGAGAGUACUUCAACUCCUCCAACACCAACUACAACUCCUUUACCAACUACAACAACUGAGAGUACUUCAACUCCUCCACCACCAACAACAACUACAAAAACUGAGAGUACUACAACUUCUCCGACACCAACUACAACUCCUUUACCAACUACAACAACUCAGAGUACUUCAACUCAUAUACCAACUACAACAACUGAAAGUACUUCAACUCCUCCAACACCAGCACCAACAACUACAACUUCUGCACCAACUACAACAACUGAGAGUACUACAACUCAUGUACCAACUACAACUCCUCUACCAACUACAACAACUCAGAGUACUUCAACUCUCCCAACGCCAACUACAACUCCUGUACCAACUACAACAACUGAAAGUACUUCAACUCAUAUACCAACUACAACAACUGAAAGUACCUCAACUCCUCCAACACCAGCACCAACAACUACAACUCCUGCACCAACUACAACAACAACUACAACUCCUCUACCAACUACAACAACCAAGAGUACUUCAACUCCUCCAACACCAACUACAACUCCUCCAACACCAACUACAACUCCUCUACCAACUACAACAACUGAGAGUACUUCAACUCCUCCAACACCAACUACAACUCCUUUACCAACUACAACAACUGAGAGUACUUCAACUCCUCCACCACCAACAACAACUACAAAAACUGAGAGUACUACAACUUCUCCGACACCAACUACAACUCCUUUACCAACUACAACAACUCAGAGUACUUCAACUCAUAUACCAACUACAACAACUGAAAGUACUUCAACUCCUCCAACACCAGCACCAACAACUACAACUUCUGCACCAACUACAACAACUGAGAGUACUACAACUCAUGUACCAACUACAACUCCUCUACCAACUACAACAACUGAGAGUACUUCAACUCCUCCAACACCAGCACCAACAACUACAACUCCUGCACCAACUACAACAACUACAACUCCUCGACCAACUACAACAACCAAGAGUACUACAACUCCUCUACCAACUACAACAACCAAGAGUACUUCAACUCCUCCAACACCAACUACAACUCCUCUACCAACUACAACAACUGAGAGUACUUCAACUCCUCCAACACCAACUACAACUUCUUUACCAACUACAACAACUGAGAGUACUUCAACUCCUCCACCACCAACAACAACUACAAAAACUGAGAGUACUACAACUUCUCCGACACCAACUACAACUCCUUUACCAACUACAACAACUCAGAGUACUUCAACUCCCCCAACACCAACUACAACUCCUGUACCAACUACAACAACUGAGAGUACUUCAACUCAUAUACCAACUACAACAACUGAAAGUACUUUAACUCCUCCAACACCAGCACCAACAACUACAACUUCUGCACCAACUACAACAACUGAGAGUACUACAACUCAUGUACCAACUACAACUCCUCUACCAACUACAACAACUGAGAGUACUUCAACUCCUCCAACACCAGCACCAACAACUACAACUCCUGCACCAACUACAACAACUACAACUCCUCUACCAACUACAACAACCAAGAGUACUACAACUCCUCUACCAACUACAACAACCAAGAGUACUUCAACUCCUCCAACACCAACUACAACUCCUCUACCAACUACAACAACUGAGAGUACUUCAACUCCUCCAACACCAACUACAACUCCUUUACCAACUACAACAACUCAGAGUACUUCAACUCUCCCAACGCCAACUACAACUCCUGUACCAACUACAACAACUGAGAGUACUUCAACUCCUGUACCAACUACAACAACUGAAAGUACUUCAACUCAUGUAUCAACUACAACAACUCUAAGUACUUCAACUCCUCCAACACCAGCACCAACAACUACAACUCCUGCACCAACUACAACAACAACUACAACUCCUCUACCAACUACAACAACCAAGAGUUCUUCAACUCCUCCAACACCAACUACAACUCCUUUACCAACUACAACAACUGAGAGUACUUCAACUCCCCCACCACCAACAACAACUACAAAAACUGAGAGUACUACAACUUCUCCGACACCAACUACAACUCCUUUACCAACUACAACAACUGAGAGUACUUCAACUCCUGCACCAACUACAACAACUGAGAGUACUACAACUCAUGUACCAACUACAACUCCUCUACCAACUACAACAACUGAGAGUACUUCAACUCCUCCAACACCAACUACAACCCCAGUACCAACUACAACAACUGAACGUACUUCAACUUCUUCAAUACCAGCACCAACAACAACAACAACAACUGUAACAACUGCAACCAGUACACAUAUAUCAGUUAUAACAGGGACAAUCACCACGCCCUCUUCACAAACUGAACCUCAAAUUAUUAUUACGUCAACCAUUUCUCCACCGCCUCUGAAAAAUUGCACAGAAUGGGGAGUAACUGAAAAUGAGACAUUUGUGAUCUGUAACUGCACAAAGGCCAGGUGCAUCGAAAACUAUACUAUUGAGAUCAUUCCAUAUGAGUGUCCACCUCUUGAAAACAUCACUUGUUCAAAUGGCAAACCACCUGUGCAGGUUCCUGACAAAUAUUACUGCUGUAAAGAAAAUAAAUGUGAUUGUUUUUGUGAAGGCUGGGGUGAUCCUCACUAUAAAACAUUUGAUGGACUGUUCUAUAGUUAUCAAGGAGAAUGUACAUAUGUUUUAAUGGAGGAAAUCAGUCCUAAACACAAUUUGAAAAUCUACAUUGAUAAUGUUAAUUGUGAUCCCCGAGAAUCUGUGUCCUGCCCAAGAGCUAUCAUUGUGUCCUACAACAAUCUAGUGAUCACAUUAAAAAACCACAACCUUAUAGGAGCUGCCAAACUGGAGGCUUUAAUGGGGCAUUCUGCUCUGAACUUACCGUUUCGUCAAAGUGGUGUGAGGGUGGUGAGCUCACAGUUGAACUUAAUCCUAGAAAUUCCAGAGCUCAUGGUUGUGGUGAUGUUUGGAGUUACUGGCUUUAGUGUCAACUUGCCAUUCCAGCAUUUUGGGAACAACACACAAGGACACUGUGGUACCUGCAACAACAACCAGGCUGAUGACUGCAUGCUGCCAGGGGGUAAAAUUGUAGAUGACUGUGCAGAAAUGGCAAAUCACUGGCAAGCUAAAGACUUGUACAACCCUGAAUGCAAACCGCCCCCAACACCUGAACCCACUAAACCUCCUUGUCCAAUCAACCCAGUGUGCGAGCUCCUGAAGAGCGAUUUGUUUAAGGAGUGCCAUCCUCAUCUCCCCCCUGACAACUACAUCACUGGCUGCCAGUUUGACAGUUGUCAUAUGAGCAACCCGGCUGUGGUCUGCACCAGUCUUCAGACCUAUGCAGUAGCUUGCUCUCAGCUUGGUCUUUGUAUAAACUGGAGGGAACACACUGAUCGUUGUCCUGUUGAAUGUCCAGCAAACAAACUGUACCAAGCCUGUGGACCUGUUGAUCCUCCAAGCUGCAAAGACAGCCCUGAAGACCAUUUUAUGAACACAACCACUGAAGGAUGUUUCUGUCCUGAUGGCACACAGCUCUUUAGUAAGGAGUCAGGAGUGUGCGUUGACAAAUGUGGAUGCUUGGACCCCUCUGGCCAAGGACGAGAGCUUGGAGAACAAUUCCAGUAUGGUUGCCAGGACUGUGUCUGUGAUAAAACAUCUGCAACAAUCACCUGUAAACCAAAGCAGUGUUCAAACAACAACCAAGUGACCUGCAGCGAUCCAGGAUUUAUUGUUGUCAAUGUGACGGAUCCAUCAGAUGCCUGUUGCACUAUCCUUACCUGCCGCUGUGAGAGCAGCACCUGCCCAAGUAUAAAUGACAAGUGUCCAGUCGGCUACACUCCUGUACUUAAAGUGCCCGAAGGAAAAUGCUGCCCUGAAUUAACAUGCGAGCCAAAGAAGGUCUGUGUUCAUAAAGGACUGGAGUAUGAGCCUGGCACUUUAGUUCCUGUUGUUGAUUGCCAAGAGUGUCACUGCACCUGGGAUGUGGAUUCAAAAACAGAACUGUAUAAGAUCCAGUGUGGAUUUGUGACUUGCAAUGAAAAGUGUGAUCCAGGGUAUGUGUAUGUGGAAUCAAACACUGAUGAAUGCUGUGGAAAAUGUGUACAGAAUAAAUGUGUCAUUAACAACAAUGGCACAGUACACACAUUGGAGAGUGGAGCAACAUGGACCCCUUCACAUGAUGCCUGUAAUAAGUUCAUCUGCACCAUAAUUGAUGGACAAUAUGUUACUACUAACUACAAAGUCCAGUGUCCACCAUUCAACAUUGACGAUUGCCAGCCUGGUACCGUGCAGCUUUCUGCAGAUCGCUGCUGCAGAGUCUGUGAGGGGAAGGAAACUGGAUGUAAAGUACAGACCACCUUGGAUUACAUCACUUAUAACAACUGCAAGUCAAAGACCACAGUGGCACAAACAUACUGUCAAGGACACUGUAACUCCUACAGCAAGUACACUGAGAUGGGCUCUUCAUCUUGUAGCUGUUGCCAAGCAAGCCUCACCAGCAACCGCACAGUGAAUCUGGACUGCAUUAAUGGAGAUUCAAUAGCUCACACCUACUUCCAUGUGGAGGCAUGCAACUGUAACCAGGCUAAUUGUCUUAAGGACCAGGACACAUACACUCACAUAGGAGAUAGUCGACGGAGACGCAGCAUUAAACACCCCUAAAGAUGUACUGUGACCACAGUAUCAUAGAAACAUCAGCCACAAAGAUCUCUCUAGUUUGCAUUUUUCUCUUAUCUAUUUAGAAAAUUUCAAGUGCUCUAUCAUGAUUGUUUUUCAAGUUGUCUUUCAAAGGGCCAGAUUGCUUUGCUUUUAAUUUAAAUAUAUGUAGCUGUUUAAAUAAAGUGCAAUUUAAAAGUC